AUGGGGGACAUCACGAAAGGGAAGAAGGCGUUUGCCCAGAAAUGUUCCCAGUGUCACUCAGUGGAAGAGGGGGGACGCCACAAAGUGGGACCCAACCUGUGGGGUCUGUUCGGGAGGAAGACGGGUCAGGCACCCGGCUUCUCCUACACAAAGGCCAACAUUGAGAAAGGUAUCAUAUGGGACGAGGAAACUCUGAAUGUCUACCUCCAAAACCCGAAGAAGUACAUUCCCGGUACCAAGAUGAUCUUCUCUGGGCUCAGGAAGAAAAGGGACAGAAAUGAUAUUAUAGCUUAUUUAAAAGACUCCACCUCCUAA